AUGGACGAGAAUGGAGCUGGCGGUGGUGGAGGUGGGCUCCGAGAGACUGCGUUGUCCUUCACGGGAAUCGUUUCCAUCAUCACCUUCUGCUGCUGCUCGACGAUGUCGUGUGUGGCGUUGUGCAUCAAGCUCGCCAGCUGGAUGUUCGGGCACCGCGGGAGGCGGCAGAGGGUUCCCUUGCUACCCCACGAGCAGCAAAACGAUGGCGAGGCCGAAGAACAACUCUACUACCCGCACCAACAACCGGUCAUCAUCCUGGACACCAAUCCCGCAGAGCAGCGAAGCGGGUGCACCCUGCGCGCUUCGGAAAUCGAGCUUCGACAGGUGCCUUUCGGAAACUUAGAGGCGCAACGGGAGACUAAGAACUCAGACGUUAACGACGACGACGUUGGAUUUAGGACGGGAGCACAAGCAGACCCCAACAAGAUUCAAAAGCAGCAACACCUCAAGGGCAGCGCCUCACGGAUGGAGCGUGAUACGACGACGGGUACGUCGAUCAUGACUAGGGCUGGGACACCGUCGACGAACGGUGAACAGGAAGAUAGCUGUGAUUUUGGCGAGGAAGCAGACCAGGAGGAGGAGGAAGAGGAGGAGGAAGAGGAGGAGAAGGAGAGGCAGACGGAGACAGAUAACGAGCGCGGCGGGAAUACAACAAGGUAGAGGUGAACGAAUUGCAUUUGCACAACUCAGCAGACGGCGGGGCGGGUCUCGCGCUUCUCGACUGAGUGUUGUACGAAGAACGGACGAGACGGCUGCUGUGCGGACGUAUCUUCAACAAUGAGGAGAACGUCUACGAAGUUGUCUAAGCCACCAACAUACUUUCGUUCCGGAGGAAACGUAGAAGUACGCUCCGUGGAUCGGUUCGGCAUCUGUUAAUCGAAACUUCGCUGAUCGCUUCGUGCGGUUUUCUGUUCGUGUCGGGGUAAGUCACAUCCGGGUUUUCGUUGUGUAAAUACCUCGCUCUUAGUUGUCUGUCGUGAGAUGUCGCAAGAGACGUCAGUUAUUUUCUCAGCGUUUGUGGUAGGAAACUGUUUUUGUAAAUAUUUACUUUGUUUUUUUUGCUUUGGAUGGAUGAUUUUUGGAUCGGAAGACGUGGCCAUGAUGCAAGAGUAGGCGGUUCUCUGGAUGUUGCUGCUGCAUGACUUCGUACUAUGUUCUGUUCCGAAGACGACAUUAUCGAGGGCACGGUCGUUCGGAUUUGCCUGGCCAGACUUUUGCCUGAGUUCAUUCACGGGCGGCAGCGUUCAUGGAGGUUUGUGGACGCCCUGUGACCAAGUGCGGCGCUCCGUGCCUUGCGAGUACCCUUUGCAUCUUGCGCUCGGAGUCUCCUGGAACGUGUUUGCAAUUUCGGCACCGAGGUGUAACUUUCGAGCCCAGCGUCGGCUUGAUCGAGGAAACGUGGGGGCGCGGUUGCGGGGCAGCGAUGAGUCUAUCGGGGUUGGAAGUGUCGUGUGUCCUGCUGUGUUGGUCAAUUUAGACAAGUUGGGUGUCCUUGGCUUACAGCAGACCGCCGUUAUUGUGUUGUUUUGGCCGAUCUACUUUGCGUUACAGCUCCCGGCACCGCUAUUAGCACGAAACGGGUGUGGUGGAGCCUCAAGCUAGGAACAUAAGAUUGUCAACGAGCUUGUGCCGAUACGUCUGCAGAUGAUCGUUGAGGUGGCGCCUAGUUGCGUAUGCAGCAGCCUGACUUUAGUAAACGUUUUGUGAAUUUGAAAUUAUAUGCGGACGGCGAUUCUAAGCGAGGGUGCGGCGGUGCAUUCGAGCAACUACGCAGGUGGAGAGAGUGCACGACACGGGUGGAGAGAGUGCAUCGCUGGAAUACAGUUUACAGCCUUGUUCUUUAGGCUUG